AUCUUUUUGUAGUCAGUUACAUAUAGCCUUUUUGAAAGCUAGGCAUUCAACAUUGUUCGAAAAUCCAUACGGUCGCCACCAGAAAACCGUGAGGCAGUAUGCAAUAUACUGUUUUUUUAGGACCGUUUCUUCAUAUGGAAGUCAUCAAUCACAAAAUUCCGAAUUCUUCGUCUGUAUUGACUAUUACGUUGGAUUGGUGUGUACAGCUAUGCUUUUUAUCUCUGGAAGGUCAUAUGAUUGGAUAAGGGUCAACUGUGUUGUAAACUAAUCAAGGUUAUUUUCUGUCCUUCUUUACUAAAUGUAAAUUUCAAUUAUUAUUUUACGUAAUUAAGUGUAAUUUUUAUUUUUAGCCACGUUCAGUGAUGCUCAAUGAAGUGGAAGAUGAACAUCACAAAGAAUUUCGCGAAAAACGAAAGCAACACUACAAUGAAUUUUUGGCUGUAAAAUUAGCUAAGGAGAAUUUGCUAUCGGAUGAUGAAGAUGAAACGACAAUGGUGGAUGAGGAUAAAGAGGAAAUAGAUGAGGAAAUUAGACAUAACGUUGAACAAGCGGCUAUUAACGCUCGUCUAAAUGCAGAACUCUCCCGUAUCAGUCGACGUAAUAAUGAUCAAUCGGUUGACGAUAACACUUCACGAAUUCAUAACUCACUAUUGAAGCAUGCAAAGCCUUGAGUGAUAUUUUUUUGAAACAUUAUACCUUCUCUAUGUGUACAGAUAGUCAUUUACUCCUCUACACAGUCUUCUCAAUUUCAGUCAUUUCGUUUUGUGGUUUCAUCCUCUUAGUAUUUAUGUUUCUC